ACCUCUAGUUGAAAUCGUUAGAUGAUGUGGAAUUUACAAAUUGAAUUGUUGAUUAAAUUUGUUGCAUCCUUAAUAUACACCACAAAAUGGACAUAACACAGCACUUUAAGGCUAGUGUUAUGACGGUACGGCUACAACGUAAGACUGAAUUGGCAGCGGCAGCCAAGGGCAAGCCGCAACAGGAUAAUAAACAACGUACUUCGGCAGCCGGAAAACCGACGUCGACGACGGCCCCCAACGACUUUGCCAAGCGGGCAAAGGAUAUAUGCAACGAUAUAACGACACUGCGUAAUGUGUUGAUCGAGAAUCGCACUGCAUAUAUGCGCAUUGGGCAGCAUUUGAAGAGCGCCACCCACAUGACGGAUGCCCAGCGCGACUUCAUCGAUCGUGGAACCGAGAAAUUCGUGACACUUUGCACACAUCAUCUGGCAAAUAUGCGACGUGACUACAAAAACAAUGCCAAGCGAAAGCCGCAAGAGCGCCAGCAUAUCGAUGGUGUACUUGAUCUAUUGGUUAGUUAUCUGCACAGCGUCGAGCAGAUUUACUUGGAUCAGAAAAAGUAUCGUGUCCAACACGAACUCGAAACAUACAGACUGCUCAAACUGGCGGCCGAUAAAAAGAAGAUUCCAGUGCGUCCUGCUGGAGCGAGUAGCGGCAAGCUUGUCAAGCGUCAGCCGAGCAACGAUGAAGAUGAUGACACUGACAGGGUAGAAACAUCCGUCGAGGAAGCAGACGAAAGCAAUGAUUGGAACAACGACAGCUGGGCCGAGUGGGAUGAAGAGCAGCAGGACAUCUCAUCGAAGCCAGUUGAAACACAGCAAAAGUUGCGUAAACGUAACAAGCGCACUGGACAAAGCAACACAGAUUCCUCAGCGAAGGUGGCGCUCGACGAGGACAUUCAGCAGACGGAGCUGCAGCAGGAGAACGAUGAGGAUCCUCUGAGUGCCGAGGAUAUACAAUUGUUCGAGGCGGAAAAUGUGCACAUCUACAAUUUUCUGCAAGGCGUCUCCGAGGAGGUGGAACAGAUCGAAAAGAACGUUGUAGAUAUAGCACAAUUACAGGACAUAUUCACAGAGAAGGUGGCAAUGCAACAACAGAACAUUGAACGCAUUGUAAGCGCUGUUGUGGGCACCACGGAGAACGUGAAGGAUGCUAAUGAACAGAUUCGCCAGGCAACACAACGCAAUGCAGGAUUACGUGUCUGGUCCUUGUUCUUUUUGCUGGUCAUGUCGUUCUCAUUACUAUUUCUCGACUGGUAUUACGAUUAAAGGGUGUAGAUUUGUUUUGUGUAAAAUCAAAGUGAAAACUCAUUGUUUUGUUAUCGUUCUAAAACACAUCAUUUGUUUAAUAUACAUCAAAUAAAAAUUAUAGAAAAUUUGGUAUUCCAUAUGAAACACAA